UACUGCAGUAGUCAGCGUCUCAACAGCACUGCUCGAGAACAGGCGAAGCCAUAGCGUGAUAAAACAACAAAAAAAGGUUCUUCCCCUAAGUCGUUAUUACCAUGGUAACAUGGUGAACACGUUGGUCUGCUCGUGUCUUUUCCGUGUGGUGCUACCCUUGGUUUUAUUGACAGCUGUCAUUGUUCGUUUCAAUGUGUUGUCAUUUAUUUAUCUUCUCCUUCUGUUGGUGGCACCAUUAGUGCCAGGUCCCACACCAACCAAUAAUGGCUCAGGUCAUGCAGCUCGUUAUCUCAAAGCUGUCAUUGGUCUCAGCACCAUUAGCUGUUUAGCACAUGUUGUCUUUCAGAUUGUUUUGCUGGGUCUAGGGGAUUAUGGGAAGUUUCCAGUGCAGUGCACACAGGAUGGUAGGCUGCUUGCUCUGGUUGGACUACACAGAUUGGACAGCAUACAACCAUUGGAUGCAUUACGUCUCAUGGUAUUGGACUUUAUUCUUCUUCUGACAGCUGUAGGGGUUUUGGUUACCUGUGAGAAAGUUUCUGAAGAAAGUGAUGAGAAACAAGAGAUUUCUAUCAAGAGAAAGAGAAAGUGUUCAUCAGAGGUCAUGAUUAUUGGUGGAGAGUUUCUUUUCUUGGUAUAUUUAGCAGGUGCAGGGAUUCUCCAUCCAUCACUGAUAUCAUCCAUUUAUUUUCUUUUGUUUCUGUACCUUAGCACUUGGUUGGCAAGCAGCCGUAAAUUGGGUCAUGCAUUUGUUCUGGUUAGAACAAUCUUGGCUGUAUACUGUGCCAUUCAUUUUAUAAUUUUGUAUCUCUAUCAACUUGAUUAUGCUCAGGAGCUUAUCCAUCCCUCAAGUCAGGAAGCAAGGUUGCUUGGUUUUGUGGGACUUGUGGAUUCUACCUGCAGAACGGAUCAGGAUAACCGUAGUGUUAUCUACCAACCAGAACAUUGGACUGUGUAUAUACAACCUCUUAUAGUGCUUGGUCUGUAUUGGAUUAUGUGUUUUCUGACUCGCUAUAGGCUCUCUUCACAUGUAAUAGAAGAGCUUCCAAAUGAUUCUGAGCAUGCAGUAACCAGAGAUGAUUCAAACAAGAGCUCACCUGCCAGCUUAUUAAGACGUAGAAAGAGCAACACGAAAGAAGGCUCUCAAGGUCUGUUAGAAGAUGAUGAAGAAGGACACACUUUUUCCAUGGAUCCAUCUCAGCCUAAAGACAGCCUGGCCAUUGACCUAAAUGGCAGCAUUAUUUUUUCCACUGAUGGCGAUAUCAUGGAUGGCAGCAAUGUAGGUGAUGAAGUUACUUCAGGUGAUGGGAGGAAGCAACAAUUUUUCUUGUCCUUAAUUUGUUUGUUUCGACUUAUGAAGAAAGGAAGCUAUGUGGCUACUCUGAUUAUAAUGAUGGCUUGGAGUAUCACCUAUCACAGUUGGUUGACUUUUGUCCUCCUUUUGUGGUCCUGUGUUGUCUGGAUGUUGCCAAACUCUCGACAGGCCUGUUUAUAUUCAUCACCAUUCUUUGUGGCCUAUGCUGAAGCCUUAUUACUCUUGCAGUACAUUUAUGGCCUUAAUCUCAAUGACUCUGAGUUGCCAGACAAGAAUGAAACAGUCAAUCUUGAACAGAUAGGCUUAACAAAGUACUAUGAUCUCUCUUACCAGCCUCUGGCUGUGAAGAUUUUAUACACCAUUGUAUUCUGGAUUACCCUUCAUCAGUAUGUAGAGGAAAAACGAUUGGAAUCCAACAGGGACAUUUCAGAAAGGCUAGUGAUGGAAACAUAUAAUUUGUCUUACAGCGAUACUCAUCCAGAAGAUUCUAAACCUGCAGCUUACCACCGUCGACUAAGUGCAGCUAGUUUUAAGGGAGAAAGUCUGUUCUUACGCUACCUGGGGGUCACUGUUAAGAAGCUUUUAGUGAAGUACUGGAUUUGUAUUGUCACCUGCAUGUUGAUGGUAAUAUCUCUUGGUGGAAAAGAAGUUGUCAUCUACAGGAUUGUUUACCUAUUUCUUUGUCUUUUCUUCAUACUUGUGUUUCAGUUCUCAUAUAAUCUGUGGAGGAAGAUCAUGUAUGGUUUCUGGAUAACAGUCAUUGUCUACUCCAUGUUAGUCCUGAUCUCUAUCUAUACGUAUCAGUUUGAAAACUUUGAGAACUACUGGAUGAACUUCCUUGGAGUUCCUUUGCAUUAUCAAAAGGAGAUUGGCCUUGUGAAGUAUGUGGAAAAUCCUGCCAUUUUGUUCCUCACAUUGCUGAUUCCCACUUUGUUCUUGGUUGUUACCAUCCUCCAGGUGCAUUACUUUCACAAGGACUUUCUACACAUUAGUGGCUUUAAUUAUAGAGAAGAAAAGCAUGGUCCUGCAGUAAGUCAGACAGAAACUAUAGUUUUACCUGAUGCUGAUACUACCCAAGUAAUAAUUGAUGAAGCAGAAACAGAAGAAUAUGCCACUGUGUCUGCUGGUUCAUCUUCACCCGCGACCUCAUUUGCUACAACUAAGAGAGACAAUGACUGGAAGGGAGUUGAUGAGGAUAAGUCAGUAGAAGAACAUGAGAAAAAACAAUCACAGGAUGUGAAAACUCUUAAGAGGUGUCUUCAUGUGACCUUGGUGAAAAUGAUGAAUAUAUGGCAGGACAUCAGUAAUCUGACUUGGCAGUUCCUUGAGAUUCAUGUCAUUAAAAUUGUGUUAUUUUCAGUUCUCUGUUUGGCAGUGUAUGAAGUUUCAGCUUUCCAUUUCGUGUUUGUGAUAUUUGUGGUUGUGGCCCUCCCUUUCCAAGCUCUUCAGACAUUCCUUUCUCACUGUUGUGCUGUCUGGGCCUCCAUCUUGCUACUUACCAAGAUGAUCUAUCAGCUGGAGUUUCUCAACCAUUAUGACUGGAAAGUGAACUGUUCUGUUGUGGAUGAUUAUGGUCAAAAUUCUAGUGAAUUUCCUUCUCCAUUCAGUGAAACUAUUGACAACAGAGUGUGGAUUGGUCUCAGGAAAACAAGUAAUUUACUUUUUUAUUGCAAGGGUUACAUAGGAGUGAUUUUCAUUUUGAGCCUCCAAGCUGUGGUAAAGAUUCGACAGAAAUUACAUCGCUACCACAGAAAUGAAGAUGAACCACAAGAAAAAGUGAUGUUUCCAGGAGUUACACGUGCUAAAGCAGAUGAAGGCUUAUUGGAAUGCUUAAAGUUUCUUUUCAACUAUGGUUUCUAUAAGUUUGGAAUUGAGGUAAUAUCUGUUUUGUUUAGUGGUACCGUUGCUUGUAUUGCUGUACGGCUUGAUGUGUAUGCUGUGGUAUCAGCAGUGUGGCUCUGUGGCCUUUUUUUGCUGAGGAGAAGAAUAAUGAGCCGAGUCUGGCCCUUUUAUGUAUCAUACCAAUGUAUUAUUUUGCCAAUACAGUACAUUAAAUGUGUGGGAAUACCCCCAGGAUUAUGCACUGAAUAUCCUUGGAGUACCAGUUUUGGCUUCAAUCAAGAACUGCGAGAAUGGCUAUAUCUCCCUGAUUUUAUAGCACCACCUGAUCCGUAUAAGAUUCUUGUGGACUUUUUUCAAUUUCUGUUUGCUUGCUGUCAGUUACGUGUGUUUACUGUUGAAAUGAGUUUACAUGCUGAGGAAACUGGAGGGAGCAAUUCUGAAAUUUGGUUUCUAAAGGAUCUCAAAACCCUCAUCAACCCCGUACCAGACUUUGUCACAUAUACAAAAUCUUAUUUGGACAUGGUCAAGGUAUGGGUUUUCUUUUCCUUUUACUGGAUAACGCUUGCAGUGCUGUUUCUAGCAGGAACCAGCAGGGUCAGUCUAUUUGCCAUGGGCUAUGUAAUUGGCUGUUUCUUAUUUUUAUGGAGUGGAAAUGAAUUUUACUUGAAGCCUAUCAAAACCCUUCUUAGAAUGGUAUUCAGUUGUGUUUUUCUAUCCAAUCUGUACAAGAAUUUUUGUUGGCUGGUCCAAUUACUAGGAAUUGUUUGUAUGAAGAAACUGAGUGUUCAGUCAAGAGCAGAUAUUGAUAACUUUAUACUUGAGGGAGACUGCAGUCCUCCUACUGAUCAGGCUGGAAUGCUAUGGGAUGGGAUAUGUUUUGGCUUCUUACUUUUACAGAAGCGACUCUUCUGUAGUUUCUACUUUCAACAUAUGGUCACUGAGAUUGAGUUUCAACAAGUAUUAGCAUCGAGAGGUGCAACACUCAUCUAUGAAAAUAAGAUACAAGAAGUUCAUAAACAGCAAGAGGCUGACAAGGAAAUCAUGGAAAAGAUUAAGAAGAAGAUGAACAAAAUUAAAGCUCAAUCAAAUCAACAAAAAGAAAAAAAAGAAUACAAGGAGCCUGAAAGUCAUUUCCAAGCUAUAAGGUCUGGAGAUUAUUAUAUGCUUGACGAUAUUCCUGAUGAAGAUAUAGACCUAGAACUCUCACCAUCCAAAAAGUAUGAUGAUGAAGAUGAGGACCAUGAAGCAAAAGAGAAAGGUGUGAAUGCUUUAUUGAGUCAAGCCUUGAAGUCACAAAGUGAAUGUGAUUUGGAAGAACCUCAGAAAGGUGAUGAUGAUCAACAGUCUGUGGAUAGAUCUCCUGGCUUGUCUCAGCCUCAGCAACCUUCUCAGCAAGCUCUUCUUAGCCCUUAUGAUGUUCCUGGGACUUCUUGUCAGUCACCACUGGAUGCCAGAGCUUUUAGCACUGCCCAACAGUCACUCAAAGAAGAUGAAACAGAGAUUCCUGCAGAACAGAGUGUUUUGCAAAAGAUUCAGGGUUGUGUGGAGUUUGGAACUGCCAUUUUUCUCUCUGUAUUAAUUAGUGCCACUGCCAAACUAAACUCAAUUUCUAAAGAGUAUCGCUAUGUUGCUCAAGAGCUUUCUCUUAAAAAGUAUUCUCUGAAGAAAGAGCGUUACAAGAAGCAACAUCCUGAAACUUUGGAAGGCAUGAAAACAUCAGAAGAUAAAGACCCAAGUAUGUUGGGAACAUCGAAAGAAACAGCAUCAGUCCAUCUUCGGAUGAGUAGUAAAGAUCUUAGUGAAAGUGCUGGAUAUAUUAUGAGUGUACAGCUACUGUAUAAUAUAAAGCAUGGGAGUUUGUAUGAAAUAAUUCUCAAUGACUGUAGAGCAAUAGUUGUUGUCAAGUACCUGUUCCAGUUUGAUUUUUUUCCAUGGAAUGUUGAAACUCAUGUGAACGAUCCCUUCUGGCCACCAAGAAUCUUGGGUAUUGAAAAGAAAGACAAUUAUGCAGUUUAUGACUUAGCCCUUCUCCUAGUCAUAUUCUUUCAUCGUUUUGUGCUAAAGAGUUUGGGAUUGUGGAAAGAUGGAGAAGAAGUUACAACUUUGUCAAAAGAAAUCCUUGAUAGAAAUCCUGAUAUUUCCUGUGAAGAAAAGAUAGCUGGUGGAACAGAAUCUGAAAACGAUUGGUUGCUUAGUCAAACACAAAGUCAGAAGGACAUCCAUGGAGAAACUACAGAAGAAAAUGUUUUAGAAACAGGUGAAAACCAAGAUGCUCAAGAGGUGGGAAAUGGAAAAACUCCAUCAAACACGUACGAAAGGCCCUUCGUAAAGUUUUUCAUGAACUUGUUGUGUCCUAAGUAUCGUGUGACAGUGGACGUAUAUGCUAUCAUGUUCUUCUGUGAUUUUGUGAAUAUGUUGGUUGUAGUGUUUGGCUACUGGGCCUUUGGUACUGACACAGCUGAUGGAGGUGUUGCUUCAUAUGUUGAAGAGAACAAGGUUCCCAUUCCUUUCCUCAUAAUGUUAGUUGCCCAAUUUGCUCUGAUCAUAAUUGAUCGAGCUCUCUACCUUCGUAAAAAUGUCCUGGGAAAAUUAAUCUUUCAGAUCGUUUUGGUGUUCGUCAUCCAUGUGUGGAUGUUCUUCAUUUUACCAGCUGUGACAGAAAGAGAGUUCACAAGUCCUACCAGACUUCCUCCAAAGCUGUGGUACUUUGUUAAGAGUGUGUACCUCCUGAUUUCAGCGUACCAAAUCCGGUCAGGCUAUCCAACAAGGAUUCUUGGAGUUGUUUUCUGCAAGAACUACAACUAUAUUAAUUACUUUCUUUUCAAAGGUUACAUGAUGAUACCAUUUUUGUAUGAAAUCCGUUCUUUGAUGGAUUGGAUCUGUACAGACACUAGCUUGAAUGUUGGUAACUGGUUGAAGAUGGAGGAUAUUUUUACAAAUAUUUAUCUCCUAAAGUGCAUCCGAAGAGUAGAGGCUGAAUAUCCCACUCCACGAGGAAUUAAGCGUGCUGCACACAUGAAGUAUGGAGUUGGAGGUUUACUACUGUUUAUUAUUAUCUUAAUAAUUUGGUUUCCUUUGCUUCUUUUUGCCUUGGGCAACAUGGUGAGAUUACCAAAUUCACCAUAUGACUGUACUGUGGAGAUUACUGUUGAGGGCUAUGAACCCAUCUUUAAAAUGAGUGCCCAGCGAAGUUCACUCAACUCUUUUACGCAAAGUGAAUGGAAUAAAAUGCUGCAUUACUAUCGAUUAGAUCCAUCAGCACAAUCUUUUCUUGAUAACUAUGAUAUGCAAGAUGUAAUGAUGGUUAAAAUGAAUGGAAAUUCUACCUCAGUGUGGACCAUCAGCCCUCCUAGUCAGACUGCUCUCAUUCAUGAACUCUUGUCAAAUGAAACUGAGUUAAAUGUAAAGCUAUCUUGGUCUUUUUCAAGACAAUUCAAAACUUCAGAUGUAGAGAAGACUGUUUAUAAUGAGCACGUCAUUACACUGAAUAAUCUUGAAGACCGAGAGCUUCGAGAGGAGUUGGCCCAAAUGUUGAAUGGGAGCAGCAAUGUAAGUGAGAUAACUCUGCCAUAUUUAUUUCCUAAGUACUUGAAGGUUCCUGGUCGAGGUCAGCCUUCUCCUGUUAAAGACUUAGUCAGAAGAAGAGAAAAGCACUUAAAUGCAGACCAACAGCUCUUCAGAAAUCUAUCCCUACAUCUGAGGUAUGGCUCUUUAGAUAUCCUCAAUGCUGAAUCAGAGUGGUGGGAGAUACAAGAAGAGUGCAACAGUAGAAACUUUCCUUAUCCUUUUUAUUCCUCCAAAGAUUGUAACUACUUGCAUCUGAUUGCUUUCAAUGACAAAGUUUUCCCUUCUGAACUGUCUGCUCUUUCAGGAUAUGGCAUUGUUGGAUUAUAUACCACAUUUGUUUUAGUGGUAUCCAAAAUUCUACGUGGUGCUUUAACAGGCACCAGCUUUAACAUCAUGUACACUGACAUGCCUUGUGUUGACCGUGUGCUUCAACUCUGUUUAGACAUCUAUCUUGUCCGGGAAAAUGCCGAGUUUUCUUUGGAGGAAGACCUGUAUGCAAAACUUCUCUUCUUGUAUAGGUCUCCUGAAAAACUUAUAGCAUGGACACGUUAUCCAUGAGAUGAUGUGGAUCCAAAGCAACAUUUGGACCAAACCCAGUAUUGAAGCUGUAAACUCACUCAUCGCUGGAAAAACAAUGUUAUUUAUUUAAACAAAAAGCAAUGUGGAUAAAUCUGUAAAUGGUAAUUGUGUUUUCAUCCAAACUGUAAAACACAUAAAAGAAUUAAUGAAUCUUGAAUAGCUUGUUGUAAACCUACUAUAAUUAUUCAAAAACUACUGAAAACUUUUCUAGUUUAUUGUUAAUAAAUAUACAUAAAAUAAAGAUAUCUUGCCACCAGUAUGUUAAAUUCUAAAAAUUAUACACCUACAUGCAAGGGUGCCUGCAGAAAAAAAUUAGGGGGGAUCAAGUAACUCAAGUUUGAAAAAAUUAUGAAAUCGAUAUAGUUUUCUUCUAUGGGAGACUGGAAAUUGCCAGAAUCCAGGGGGGGUGAGUGACCCCCCUUACCCCUUCCUGCGGGUGCCCUUGCCUACAUGUCAUUAAUGAUAUAAAAAAUCUUUGAUGUAUAUCUUUAGGUUAUCAAGAGGUGUUUUCAAACUGUUAACUAAAAAAAACAGAAAACUGAAGCCACAUUUGUUGAGUUUUAAUUGUUUUAACCUUAGUAUGUAUACACUUUUCAUGUUUUAAUCCUAUUUUAUGUAUCUUGAUUUAAAAUAGAUAAAUAACAUAGUGUUAAUAAAAAUCAUAAACCUAAUUUGAUGUGCAAUGACUUAAAUAGAUUUAAUUGAUAAAAAUAACAAUUCACCAACUUAAUCUAGUACACACCAAAACAUGUGUUGUUAAAGUAAUUGAUGUUAUAAAUAGCAUCUCAAUGACUGCCAUGCAGACUGUAUCCCAGUGGCCUGAUGAGCCCUGGUAUUUAGCAAAAGUCAUUGUAGAUGCUCGGUGUAGCAGACAUAGUGUGGUUGUCAUAUUAUUACACUCUUCUUUUUUACUUUCACUUGUAAGUUCAUAUAAUUACUAAUAAAUUGGUAGAUCACUGGUGCCGUGCAUAGGGAACCUGGGUUCAGGUUUUGGUCUUGUCACCUCUUACAGUUCUCUACUUCUAGUUGCUACGAUUUGUGUCAGGACUGGGAUGAAUCAAAUGCUUUGGAUGGCUCUGAUAUGUUUUUUGCCUUCCCAGUCUUUAAAAGUUGGACACUGAUUUAACUGGUAGAAAACUGAAACAUUUAGCAUGAAGUCUAUGUUCAUGUCCUCCUCUCAAAUACAGGCUUAGGCUGGUAGAAAACUGAUACAUUUAGCAUGAACUCUAUGUUCCAGUCCUCCUCUCAGAUACAGGCUUAGGCUGGUAGAAAACUGAAACAUUUAGCAUGAAGUCUGUGUUCCAGUCCUCCUUUCACAUACAGGCUUAGGCUGUUAGAAAACUGAAAUGUUUAGCAUGAAGUUUAGGUGUAAGCACCUCUUCUGGAAUACUAAGUUAUCGAGUAUAACACUAGAAUACUUAACAUGAAGUUCUGGAUUCAAUCCAUUUCCUUGCAUAUAUUCAUCACUCAACUAUUCCUAAACAAAAUAUUUAAGUUUUAUAGAAUUCAUUAUAUAAUUACUUUAUAAUCUACAGAGCUUUUAAUGACAAUCUGAACUCUUAAGGUAUAGAUUUUGUUUUUAAAUAAUUUUCUUCCCAAGAGGGAAAAAAAUUAUCACAGACUAUUACGUUUUAUCAUUUAACUUGAAAGUCAAUAGCUAUGUAGCAUUUACCAAAGUUUCUUUUGAGAACUAAAACCUAAAUUCUUUAACCAAUAUUGUACAAAUGGAUGAAAUAUAACAAGAUUGUAAGUAGUUACAAUUAAGGUAGCUACACAAACCCAUGUAUUGUAACUUGUCCACAAAAACAUUAUGCUAUUUUUUGAAAAAUUUAGAGAAGAAAAUAAAGCUAAAUGUUACCUCUUUUUAUCAAUGAUUUCUUAUAAUUGACUUGUCUACAUUUGUGGUUAAACACAUUCAACACCUCAAUCGUGAUGUUUUAGAGAUAUAAAUGGUUAACCAGUUUUACCUUAAAGUUAAAUUUGCAGGUUGUUAUAAAUGGUUGAUCAUUCAACAGUUAUAGGUUGUUAGAAGUGGUUAUCUUUCAGCAGCAAGUUAUUAAUCUUUUAUCAGCAAGCAAUGUACGUAAUGAUUAACUAUGGAUGGCUAGCUUAUUUGCUUCUGUAUAGUAAUGAAAAGCAAGAAACAGUUGUUUAACAUUGGUGGUUGAAUGUUACUUGAUGUCUGUAUAAUGUUUCAAAAUGUACUUGUUCUAUCGCCGUCCUUAUCCUCAUGAAAUUUCAAUAUAAUCUGUAGACAUAGUUAAAUAUAACAAGUGGGUUUUAAAUUGUUUUGUCAGGUAUUGUAUAAUGAACUGUAAUUGUCUGUGUCUUGAUAAAUUAAUUCAGAAACGUAUUGUCUUAGAUAAACUAUGCAUUUCUCUUGUGAAGUUCCCUAUUACAUUAUAUUGUAUUAGUAUAAACACUAUACACUUAUGUUCUUGUUUUUAUUGAUGUAUUCAAUAAUAUGGAUGUUACAGCUCAAUAAUGGCUUGAUCAAAACUAUUGUAAUCAAUAAAUUGAGCUGUUUAAAAAUAAUGAUUACUUUAUAAUAGCUAGUGGGUUGUAUGGAUAUAAUAACUAGUAUAAGAUUCACUGGAGUGGUUAGGAUGAAAUGAUUAUAUUUAAAAGCUCAAACAUUAUUUUAUUUUUAUCAAGUGCAAAGGAAAGAGGGUUAGUGAAGGAAACUGUAAAAGUUUUAAAGUAAGAAAUGGUGAUGGUGGUUGUUAGAAAGUUCAUGUGUUAUAAUAGCUUUGGUUUCUUCAACAUUAUGGAAGCUACAGCUAUGUAUAAUGUGUUUUGCGGUUUCAUAACAUUCUGUUAUUACUGUAAUUAGAAAAGAAGUUAAGAAGCUUAACAAUUUACAUACUUCAUUAGAGUGUAGGUUGUGUAGUCAAUUUUACAUUGAGAAGAUGAAGUUUAUAACAUAACAUAUAAGUUACAAUUUGUUGAAUAAUGCUAACUUAUUAUUAUCAAGUUAUAUCAACUAGAAUGUGGUUAGUAUGUGUGAAACUAUGAUGAAAAUGGAACAAUUAGAAAACAUGUAAUAUCAAGUAUUUUGAGUGAACUUAUGUUAAAAAUUACAUUAACUAGAACAUAUAUAUGUCAAGUGGUUUGUGUGAAGAUGUGAUGAAACUAGGACAGCUAUAAUACAUGUAAUACCAAAUGGUUUGUAUGAAGGGAUGAUGAAACUAUGUCAGCUGUAAUGUAUGUAUUAUCAAAUGGUCUCUGUGAAGAUAUGAAGAAA